AUGGAGUCCGUCAAUUCCCUCCCAGUACACAACGACCUGUACCGGCAACCACCUCGACCGAUGUCCCGAUCCGCGGUUUCACGAUCGGGUUCCAGACGGGUAUCUCCCGUAUCAGCAACAAGAGCUCUCCCCCAGCAUUAUUCUGGCGACAGCUCCGAUGAAGAGGUCCCGGAACCUAAAUUCAGCGCGUCUGUUAAAGCAUUGCUGCAUGGCGAUGGCUUAGGUUCCUCGCCCCAUCUGCAAAAGGCACAACCCAUGUCGCACGACCUCCGAAAUGCGACAACUUCAAGACAACAAAGCCACUCACCCAGGAAUUCGUCCCCACACAACUCGUCAAAUGGUAGUCCAGUCCCCAGAGUCGUGCGCAUUGGAGCGGUAUCAUCGGCUCGAUUCUCACGCGAGGGCUCCCCGCUAUCAAACAGCCGUAGCGCAGAAACCGACCACUACAACCGCCCUAAUGACUUUAUUACUCCGGCACCACGCCAACGCAGUGUGCGAAUAAACGCUUCGCGGAGCAACACACGAUCUCCUCCUUCUGUCUCGCCCUCAGGGAAGCGUUCGGCUGAACGUAAUGCGGGCGAUGGAUAUGGCAGCGCAGAGCGCUCAGACAGUGAUCGGAAGUUGCUUUACGACGAGGAUCCUGCGUCACGAUAUGGCAAUUCUUCUGCACUUCGAGGCCGUGGCGGUGAUGAAAUCCCUCCGCAUAGCUCCCUGCGCGUCAAGCGGGUUGGUCGACUUGCUGGAACUUUCUUGAAUGGCCCUGCUCGGAGGGGCGUGCUACGACGUCAGAGCGAGGAAAGCAACGAGGAAAAUCACCAUUACCUUUCAGCAGAUGGUGUCCGGGAGGACAUUGAGGGAGAGCAGGAACUUCACGAUUCAGAAAAGCCUUCAUCUCCCAAGGUAUCAUGGGCUGAUCCAAGCCCGCCCGCGCGUGAACCCCAUCGCUCAGAAUUACCACUUCGUCCUGCAGAAGUUGAGGGGCCAUUUUCGAGGUCAUCAUCGCCAAAAUCAUACGGCUCGAAGAGCACUCCUGCGCCAUCAGACCUGUCUUCAAAGUCCUCCAGUGGCAAGGAACAACCUAUCUUCAAAGUGCCUUCAAUACCGGCUCUGCCAUCAGUCCGUGACCAGGAGAAUGAACCACCGCCGACAUUCCGGCGUGCAAGGCCCCAGGGGCUCAGCGUGUUGGAUAAACCUGAAAAAUAUAAUGUUGUUUACGAUACUGGAAAGAAAGAUGCAGUGGAGACUCCUGCGACCAGCUCGGCACGGAAAAUACUAUCCACGCGGAGCAACAACACUCCUCACAGAGCCGCUCCUCCUCCUCCCAAAAUGUCAGUCCUUGAGACUGCCACAUCGACAGCCGGCGCAUCAACAUCACAAUCACGGAAAAAGAAGUCCCAAGUUUCAAUUAAUGGCAAGCAUUUCACUCGGCUCGAUUGCAUUGGUCGAGGCGGCAGCUCGCGAGUUUACCGAGUGAUGGCAGAGAACUAUAAAAUCUUCGCCCUCAAGCGUGUCAAUCUCGAGGAUGUCGAUCCAGUCACUCUGACUGGAUACAAGGGUGAAAUCGACUUAUUGAAGAAGUUGGAAAACGUCGACCGUGUGGUCCGCUUGUUUGAUUGGGAGCUCAACAAUGACAAACAUGCUCUUAGUGUGCUUAUGGAAAUUGGAGAGUCUGAUCUCGAAAAGAUCCUCACAUUCCGUCUAAAUGCCGAGGACGCUGUGUUUGAUAUCAACUUUACCCGAUUUUACUGGAAAGAAAUGCUCGAGUGUGUCCAAGCCGUGCACGAGCACAACAUCGUCCACUCCGAUCUCAAGCCUGCCAAUUUCCUCAUGGUUCAAGGCCGACUGAAGCUUAUCGACUUCGGAAUUGCAAAUGCCAUCCAAGAUCACACAGUCAACGUUCACCGUGAACAGCAAGUCGGCACUCCCAAUUACAUGUCUCCGGAGGCAUUGGUCGACUCCAACGUCGGCCUGCCUUCAAGUGCUGGAAAAGUUAUGAAAUUAGGAAAACCCAGCGAUGUCUGGAGUCUGGGUUGCAUUCUGUACAAAAUGGUCUACGGACAACCACCUUUCGCCAAGAUCGCCAAAUACUACGAGCGCAUCAUGGCCAUCCCCAACCCCCGUGUACAAAUCGAUUUCCCGGCCUUUGGCGUCGGCGGCGUCCCCGUACCCCCUGGCCUCGUCCGGACCCUCAAGCACUGUCUACAACGCGACCAAACCCUCCGACCAACUAUCGAGGAGAUGCUUGGCCCGCGCGAUCCAUUCCUGCACCCCGAUGCCCAGCUCGAGGGUGCCGUCCCAGUCACCCAGGAUAUGCUUGGACGCAUCCUGGCCAACGUCGUCAAUCACUGCAAAGUCCGUGGUGUGCCGAGAGAAGAGGAGCUGGCUGCUUGGCCUGCAGGCUUCUUUGCAAAAAUCAAAGCUGCACUCGAAGAAGAAAACCCAUGA